GACUGAAUGAAGGGAUGAACAUAGACAAUGAAAACUUAAAGCAAAAAGGAAGGGUCCAGGGGAAGAAGAAGAGAGCUCCCUGCUUCUAGUGAGCAAAGGCAGCCCUUGAGCUUCCACAGCCCUUCGUAUUUGUUGGGUAGCAAGAGCAGGGAGGAGGAGAGAGAGAGUGAGACAGAGAGACCAACAGAAAGACACAGCACAUGAGAGAAGUUGCAAGGAAGCCUCUCCCUUCUUCUCCUCCCCAGAAUGACCUAUCACCCUCCUUCAGGACCUAGAUGCAGGGCGUUUCUAUCUUAGGCUGACACUUGACUCCUUGCCUACAUCUAUAGCUUGGCACAGAGAGAUUCACGCACCCUCAAGAGUGUGGGUGAGACAUAUACAGCCUGUUAGACCUGAAGGCAGAUGGCUCUUCUUAAGGCCAAUAAGGAUCUCAUUUCCGCAGGAUUGAAGGAGUUCAGUGUUCUGCUGAAUCAGCAGGUCUUCAAUGAUCCUCUCAUCUCUGAAGAAGACAUGGUGACUGUGGUGGAGGACUGGAUGAACUUCUACAUCAACUAUUACAGGCAGCAGGUGACAGGGGAGCCCCAAGAGCGAGACAAGGCUCUGCAGGAGCUUCGGCAAGAGCUGAACACUCUGGCCAACCCUUUCCUGGCCAAGUACAGGGACUUCCUGAAGUCUCAUGAGCUCCCGAGUCACCCACCGCCCUCCUCCUAGCUCAGGGACCCAGCCCCUCCUCUCUGAGAAACUCUGACCUUCAUGUCCUUAGGCUGUGCUCCUGCCACUCUACCCUGACACCUCAAUAAAGACCAGUGCUGGUUUUGUUGGA